AUCAGAUUCUUCUAUAAAAAGUAACGUAAAGUCUACGGAAUUUGAUUGGUGGAAUGUUGGCCUAAAGGUGAUACGACGAUUUGUCUGUACUUGCAAAAGGUUUUAUUUUGAAUAUAUUUUGCAAUAUUAAUUAACACACAGUUGUUUUUCUUUCGUGUUUUACUGCACAGUUGAAACACUAAUAUUCUACCUUGAGCUAAGAAACAGUAGAAAAAUUAUUCUCAUCGGACAACAACAACAAAAAUAAUGGACAACUAUAGAACAGAGAUAAAUAUCCCUGUCUCAAGAGACAGUCGUACGUUUGAACAACGUCGUAAAGAUAUGCUUAACAAUUUGGAACGGAGUUAUAGUAAACACUCGAGAACAGAUGUUCAUAAGCAGCAUUCUGGUACAGAAUCAUCAACAGUACCACUUUCAGAUCGUCAUCUUGAUGAUUGGGAUGAUGAAGUCAAUCGGUGGAUUAGUGAUACACGGAGUAAAUGGAGUGAAGAUAUGAAAAGAAUGCGACAAUCAAUGUUUGCUCUGGAGCAAAAAUCUAACCAUCAUACGCCUGUUGAUGAUUUUGAUCUUGAUCAUUGGGGUAACUUUGAACCAAUUCAUUCAUUGGAUGAUCCAUCUACAAUGAUGGAACAAAUGGAGCGCAGAAUGGAAUCACUGAGACAAAAAAUGGGAACAAUGUCUAAUUUUGGUACACCACAUUUUUCUGGUCCUAAUAGUUCUACUAUGCAAACCUCAAGUUCUCGAGUUGUCUCAUCAACUUCACACAGUGCUGGUAGUGAUCCAAAAAAUAUGGUCACAAAGAGUAAUGUUGUUGAAUCGACACAGCAUAAACGUAUUGUGGAUGGUGAAACCAUAACCAGUUCAAGUCAUUCUUCAUCUUCAUCGAAUACAGCAGGAGCUGGUCCAACAGGAAUUAAAAAUAAUGUGGUGCAUAUGCCAGAAACAUUACUCUCACAAACAAGUGUACCUUCUGGUAUGAUGGAUUUUUUAAAGGACGCCUAUGAAUUAGGAGAUGAUGGAAAAGUACAUUUCAAAGUACGAUUUGAUGCAAAAGAUUUUGCUCCAGAAGAUAUUGAAGUGACUACAGUUGACAAUCAUUUACGUGUUCAUGCUAAAAAAUCAAUUAAAUCAGGUAAUACAACAACUGUACGUGAAUUUCAUCGAUCUGUUGAUCUACCAAGAUCUAUUGAUCAUGAACAUUUUCAAUGUCAUUUAACAGAGGAUGGUGUACUGAUAUUGGAUGCUCCAGUGAAAGCGCCUGACUAUAAAACAAUUACAUUUCAAGAGGAUCGUCAACUAGGCAUUCGACCAAAGGCGGAAUCAGAGGUUAAAGCUACACUGAAUAGCAGUAGUAAGACACCUGUUUGUUUAACUGUUACUGGUCGUUCUGGACCAACAAUCAUGAAAGAUGGUAUUAACGGCAGAAAAUUACAUCUUGAGGUGACUGUUGAUCCAGUAUACAAAGCAGAUGAAUUAUGCGUACGUAUGGAUUCAAAUUGUAUUGUUAUAACAGGAUGUCAAAAGAAAACUGAAGGUUCGUCAACUUCAACAGCUGAAUUUACACAAUCCUAUGAAAUUCCUGAAACAGUAGAUCCAUUCUCAGUUACUGCUCAAUUGAUUGGAACAACUCUGGUUGUUGAAGCUCCACUAUUGUGCACAGUUUAAAUUAAAGGAGAAGAAUGUGAAUGUGUCAAAUCAAUCACUCUCCUGCUAAACGCGCUAAUAAUAAUACAUCACAUCAUAUAUGAGAUUAAUGCAAGUCCACAGGUUGUUUUCUUUGCUGUUCCUUGUUUCUUCGUGAACAUCAUUCAACUCUCAUUAUAUAUAUUUGUUUGUGUGUGUGUACACCAAUGCAGUAUACAUGCAUAUGUGUAAUUUUGUUUUGUUUCCUUAUCGAUCGAUCGAUCUGUAGUGCUCUAACUGUUGUUAUCCAAUCGAAGCAUAAAGCCCCAAUUUCUCUUUUGGCUAAUAUAUUCACUCCCUCACACACACACACACACAGUUACUUGUUUUCCCCUUGUUUUCAGUUGGGUUGUUCAUUUGUUCAAGUGCUUUUCGUUUUCCUAAUGGAAUGAUGCAUGCUGCAUCUGCCGAACUUCUCUCUUUCUCUGUCAGUAUUCCUUUUUCUCCUUAUCUUUUCGUUUUCUUAAGGAAUGAAGACAAAAGUAUUUUCUAAUGAGAUGGAUAGAUGAUAGAUAGAUAGAUAGAUGGUGAGUAGUGUAAUGCGUGACUUGUUUCUAUCUGCGUCGAAGACACACGUGAGCACUCACUCACUCACACACACACACUUACAGACUUCGGUUUGAAUAAUCCAUUCAUUCUACUGUGAAAACAAAACAUGCAUGCGUGCCUGCGAUCCCCUCUUUUUGGUCGUUUCAGUCUUCUAAGUUUUAUUAUCGUUAUUACUUACCAUUAUUAUUAUUAUCAUUAUUCUCCUGGUUAUUGUCAUUAUUAUCUCACUUGAAUUCUGUACACACCUAGCUACUGAUUGCUUGUCAAUCACAAUGUUUUGGGUUGGGAGUUAUUUGACGAGAAUGACUGCUGCUGCUGCUACUCCAUUGAUCGAUCGCCUUUUAAUUUUCAUUCAGCAGUGCUUUAUCUCAUUAAUAAAAGUUUAAAGGAUGAAGUUUUUGUAUUUGUUUGUUUGUUUAUUAUUUAC